AUUCAAAGCCGGAAGAAGCGGAGCUGCCCUUCUGAUUGUUGUCUUCGUGUGUGUCACCGGCAGGGCGUUGUUUCUACUUUUUGGAUGUAAUAUCUCAUUUGAAAGAACUGUGGAGGUCAGUGACAACUGGAAAGAAGUGCAGAAUUUGUUCUCCUUGCAUAAAUCACAAUGUCUUACAGAACAGGAGACAGCUAUGGCUCACAGCCUAGAGAUUUCAACACAUUAAUCCAGAUAUGCAGCUCCAACAUCCAAAAAAUCACACAAAACACUGCCCAAAUAAAGAACAUGGUCAACCAGCUGGGAACAAAGCAGGACAGCAGCGAUCUGCAGGAGAGAUUACAACAGAUGCAACACAGUACAAAUCAGCUGGCAAAGGAGACCAACAAGCACUUAAAGGAGCUCGGAUCCCUGCCAGUUCCACACUCUCCUUCAGAACAGAGGCAACAGAAGCUCCAGAAAGAAAGGCUAAUGAAUAAUUUCUCUGGAGCACUAAACACUUUACAGGCAGUCCAACGGAGAGCAGCAGAAAAGGAGAAAGAAUCCGUAGCCAGAGCAAGAGCUGGAUCUCGCCUCUCGGCAGAUGAGGUACAUCGUGAUGAGCAGUUGGUGUCUUUUGAAAGUAAUGAUGAAUGGCCACAGUCACAGGCACAGACUGAAGAGGUUGCCAUCACUGAAGAAGAUCUGGAGCUCAUUAAAGAGAGAGAGACAGCAAUUCGACAACUUGAGUCAGACAUUCUGGACGUGAAUCAAAUAUUUAAAGAUUUGGCUGUGAUGAUUCAUGACCAAGGGGAGAUGAUUGACAGCAUUGAAGCAAAUGUAGAAAGCUCUGAGGUGCAUGUGGAGAGGGGGACUGAGCAGUUACAGCAAGCAGCCUACUAUCAGAAAAAGUCAAGAAAGAAGAUGUGCAUUUUUGCCGUGGUUAUGUCACUGAUUGCAGUGAUCUUGGGCAUCAUCAUUUGGCAGGCCACUAAAUGAGGAGAAUGUUUGUUUUUUCCCCCAGAGAUUUGACAGCAUUGUUGUCCAUUCAAAUGGAAAACGAUUUGCACUGACAGAGAAAACACUGUCUUUGAAAUGAAAUUCUCCGUAAGAGAGAAGCACACUUCCAUGGAGCUCUUUUAGAAACACACUUACAAGUUCAUGUGAAGACAAACUAGUCGUUUCUUGACAUAUGAAUUCAGUAUUUGUUAUUGUAAAAACAAAACAAAAUACAUUAUGUAAUUUCCAUGCUCAUUCUUUUUUUCUAUAUGGUUAUUAUUUACUGCACAAACACUAACUCCAAAGCUUAUUUUCAAGAUGUGUAAUAUACAGUAUGUAUGAAAUGAAAAAAAUAACCUGCAUUUAAAUUAUUGUCAAGAUAUCUAACUGGCAGUUUUAUUUUCUCUUAAUGAACUUAAAAUCUAAGAUUUUUCUGUAGUAGACAUAUAGUAAUAAAUAAAAUAUUAAAUAAUUGGAAUGUUACAGUUCUGCCAAAAUGAAGGCUAUUCUUUGAAUCUCUUUUUGAUUAUUAAGUCAUUUCUGUGCAAAUAUUUGCUUUAUAAAUGUACUUUAUAAUGUUUUGGCGUAACAAUUUUUUAAAGAAAAACCGUUGCAUUUAUAUUGAUUUAGACAGAUCUGGUCUCUUCACUGCCUCAUGGGAAAAUAAAAAAUACAUGAAUACUAUCAAGCCAGGCUCUCCACACCUUCAUUUGGAGGAAACAAAAAACAAACUGUUGUUCCAAAGCUGGCCACAUUACUGGUGCAUUGCUGGUAUUUUAAACUUUUUUUAUUAUUGGACUGCCUGAGAGUAAAAACUAUAUCCUGGCCAAUUAUUUUAUUGUUUUUUUUAUUUAUUAUUAGUUGUCUUAUUGGAGAUUUCUGUGGUGGUGUAUUAGUACUGUGAGACUUAAAUGCGUCCAUGUCAGGAAACAACCAUUAGGAACUGACUCUGAAUCCUGGACCUUCACUCAAAGCUGGAGUUCCUGAAUGAGGAUGUUCUUCAGCUGCUUAGUUCUUCAACCACCAAAAUAUAUUCUUUGUAAUAAAAUUGCAUAUUAUUUGGUCACUGAUUACUUUAAGGCUUGUGCUUAACUAUUGUUUGAUUACAUUGCCUUUAAAGGAAACCUCGAAUCAAGAAGUAGGGAGGCCAUCUGUCUGUUCUGUAAUAUGUAGGAUGUGAACCCUAAUUACACCAGUUCUCAUCUGGUACUUGGUAAUCUGUAUAUUUUUUAUCAAAUUAUAGGAAGCAGUCCAUUCUUGAAAUACUACAAACAGUGGUGUUUCCAAAUACUUCAACUGUAAGUAUGCUUGCCCUUAAAAAUGUGAAUUUAUUUUUUUGGUUAACAUGAAUGCUUGAUGUUAGGAAGAAGAAGAAGAAGAAGAAAACACAUUCCCUGAACCCAUUUCUGGCAGCGAUUUUUAUUUAUUUUUUUCUUCAUAAGAUUAUCUCAUAAAAAUCCACAUUUUUGGGGAAUCUUUUGUGCAUACAUCGUUCAGUUAAUUACCAGCUGGUCAGUUGCCAAACCAUUUGUUAAAAAAUUAAAGUGAAGUUUCAUUCACAGUAGUUCCUCGGUUUUAAGACUAGAAACGUUUUAUUGAGAUUCAUGGUUUCUUGUUCAAUAGUGACAUGAUCCUUUCUUUUGUCAUAUUUGAGUAUUUAGUUCCUACACUAUUUCUGUUUAUGAAGUUCUCUGUAGCAGUCUUGUAACUUUAAUUAUCCAUUUUAGAUGUUGUAAUACAGCAAAAAAGACAGUGGGUAUCGGCUUCAGCUGCUGUUAGGAGCAAGUAAAGUAUUUUAUUCAAGAAGUACAUGAAGUGUGUUAAUGGCUGGACACAUGGUUGAGUUGGGCAUAUUUUGCCGCUUUGUCUGUUAAGCGUAAUAACCAUAAUAAAUCUCCUUUCUUUAGAGCAAGAAUAAGUGUUUCCUGACGAUAUUUCAAUCCAUUGUAAAUUUGCUUUUAAACAUUUGAUACUGAUAUACAAUAGAGUUGAAUAAGUGUGUUGUCAGAUUAAACCAAUUUUCUUUAUUUUAUAA